GUGUGUUUUUCUUUGUAUUAAAUAAAACAAUAGAUUCUGUAUCGCUGAUCGCAUACUUUAUAGUUGAAUCUGCUUGAUAUGCUAUACACCCUUUUCAUUAGCAUGCCUCCAUACCGAGGGUCCUGCAUAACUUUGUUGGCUGUUGACCCGUAGCUCAGCCCACUCUUGCUCUUACUUUACUUUCUGUCCAAGAACCCCUUGUGUUUUCUGCGAUAAGAGAGCGAGGUCUGAGAGAUUGCCGCAGAGAUGCCCCUUGGACAAAAAAAAAAAAAAAGAUUAUCCGGGGACCCGCCAGGCAGAGUUGACGAAUUUGCGUUUGUGUUGGUCAUGGACACACGUUUUGUGUUUAUGAUAUCGUGUUAUCGAGAAACGGAUCUGAGUUGUACAGGCGUUACGUUAUUGUACGGGACGUAUAAAAGCAUUUUACUUCUUUUAGAUCUUUAAAUUUGAAAAGUAAAUGUACGGGUUUAUCGUCUCUAUCAACACAAUUAAGUUUUAUAAGAAGCGGAUCCUCCGAAUUUAACGUCCGUCUCCGAUAGGACCGUUCUGAUUUGAGGGAAUAAGGAUGUUGGUAGUCCGAAAAGAUGGACAGAGAUUUUUUUAUAGAAGCGAUAUAAAAUUACUAUUUGUCAGAUGUAGAGUGAACAAUAAUAACUCAGUUCUUUAUGACAAUCGAGACAAUUAUUUCUCAAAACAGAGUUUCGACGAACGAAAAAAUGGAAAGAAAUUACUUUGGAAGUUGUUAUUGACGGAAAGUCCACGUUGUUUGUGUCGAAUCAAAUCUUCAACUUCUAUGAUGGUUAGACGACGCGUAAAAAAACCCAGACCAAAUUUUGAUGCAGCUUAAAAAUACCAACAUCGAAACCAUCAGCUAAACUCUGGGCGUUCCACAGGUCUAGCUGGGGUAACAGCCCAGCACUGUGACGGCUGCCAUCGAGUUGAGCACAAUACAAAACUAGUGUGUUAAAUUUUGAUCCUCGCAAUUUUCGAUGGCGUCGGAUCGAGACUAUUCCAGCUGCAGAUGGGUUCACUGUUUUCGAACUCUGGCCUACUAUCCUUCACGGUUUAUCUCAUAAACUAUAUUCUGAACCCAGCUAACUUGUUACACUUUCAGAAGGCUACACUGAACACUAUUGCUUCGUUCACUAAGUAUUAAGAUUGGGCUGCGUGCGUCUCUGUCUGAAUUUGUCGUUUAUAAAGACAGACCGAGGGAUACCAGUGGAUCUGGUAACGGCAAUUCAUCAGUACAUUGAUUUCUUUUCUAAUGGAUGGACGUGUUCAUCUUGUGCUCAUCGUCGUAGUUUUGCUUACAACCUCUCUUGUGAGGGAAUGUCAAGCCACCGCCCCCACCGUGUCCGCCCCUGCCGGCAGAUUCCAGGGUCUUCGGGAGAAUGAUCAGAAAGGCCAGCCGUAUUUUGCCUUUCGGGGGAUUCCAUACGCAAAACCACCGGUUGGAGAACUACGAUUUGCCUUGCCAGAACCUUUGCCCAAACUAGACGGCACAUUCGACGCGACAAAAAAUGGACAUAUCUGCCCCGUGCCAGACAUGUUUUUAAAACUCGCAGACGGAAAACAAGGCAAGGAGGACUGCCUUAUUCUGAACGUCUACGCUAAAGUGUUGGGUCCAUCAUCUCCCAAGAAGGUCAUAGUCUUCAUACAUGGUGGUGGGUAUGUUAUUGGGAGUUCCAUGGUGUUUAACGCAGGGACUUUUGUGACGACUCAAGAUAUCGUUUUUGUUACCAUCAACUAUCGCUUGGGCGUUCUAGGUUUCCUCAGCACUGAGGAUCAGUCCAGCCCUGGAAACUUUGGGCUCUGGGACAUAACCUUGGCUUUGAAAUGGGUCAAGGAAAACAUAGCGUCAUUCGGAGGCGACCCUAACGACGUCACCAUAUCCGGGGAGUCUGCUGGGGGUUCUGCUGUGGGGUAUCUUUCCAUCUCUCCUCACACCAAAGGACUUUUCUCUAAGGCGUAUCCACAGAGCGGAACACCAACUUCAGCAUUCGGCAAAGCACUUGACCCUCAGAAAGAUGCUUUAACUCUCGCUGCCAGUGUCAACUGCUUUGAAGGCGACGCCUCGCAAAAAGCUGACUCUGACACGACCAGGAAAGUGGUAGAAUGUCUGCGCAAACUGCCCUUGUCUAACUUCACCCAGUACAUGGCAUUCCGUGUUGACAAAACUGUUUUCGUUCCUAUAGUUGACAAGGACUUUGUCCCAAGACCACCUCUGCAGCUACUCCAAGACGACAGUUACUUGGAAGACGUAGGUUUCUUCAAAAGAUCGUACCUUGUAGGGAUUGACAACAACGAAGUGUCCAUAAUGAAAAGACCUUUUGGAAUCUCCAUAGAUAUGGCUAUUAAAAGUCGCGACGAUAUCACAGACGAAGAAAAAGCAGAAUUAUUGAGAAAAACACUAUCUUCAGCGUACAACUUUUACGCUCGGUCCCGAAUGGACGCCCCGGUGUCGACCACCAUCGUUGACAAAAUUGUCAACUGGUAUGACAGAAGAUACGGGGAUGACACUCUAGCAAUGAUAAGCAGUGAUUUGAACUUUGAAAUUCCUACUUUCGAUUUUAUAGACGCUGCCUCCAGAGGAAGAGAUACCAAGGUUUGGCUUUUCCACUUUAAUCACUUCCCGAGAUUUAUGAAAGGAAAAGAGAAGGGCAUUGUUCACGGACUUGAUUUGUGUUACUGGUUUGAUUUGUCCGUGGAAAGGGUCGAAGAACUUUUCAGAUUUGGAAUGGAUGGGACGAUGGGAAUGGAUGACGAAGAUUUAGACCUCAAGUCACGACUUUCCAAACUCAUCGCAGACUUCACAAAAACUGGGAGCGCCGACUGGCCACAGUACAAUAUGGAGGAUAUGAAGUACCUGGACUUCAAACCUCGUGCGGAGGUCAGACAGGGGCUGGAGAUGGACAAGAGGAGAUUCUGGCUGGAAGAACUCACGGAGUCGGUUCCGGAAAAACAUGUGCAUACUGAUUUAUAGAACUAUUGGUUGAAAGAAAAAACAUGAUACGUUUUGGGCUAUUCAAUUGUAUAUAUUAUGUUAUAAUGAGAAAAAGGCAUUUAAAUUCAUUUUUAUUUCGACGAGGAAACAGAUGUGAGAGAGAGUCGGCUCAGAAAACGUAUGAUUAUACGGAUUUAUACGAGUGUUAGUUACACAACUAUAAGAUAUUUUUGCUGCAUUAGGUGCUUUGACUACAUAAUGAGUCAAGGUCUGUACGGUACAUUUAUCUUAGAAGGAAACAGUUGUAUGCCAGUUCUGAUUUAUGACAUCAACACAAUGUUAUGAGUAAGUGAGUCUGUUUCUAUUACGCUACCUCAUAAUUACCAAGUUCUAUCUGACAUUUUUGGCCGUUUUGAGUUACUACGACCAUGAAGUCCUUAUCCAGGUGUUAAAAGAAUUACAUUCGGAAAAGCUUGACAUGUUGUGAAACUCAAAAUUUCUUACGUCAAGUUUCUCAAAACUAUAUACUGAGCAUAUAGAACUUUGUAAUUCUGGGUUAGCGAUUUGUAUUUUACUAGGGAAGAGCAUGCAUAUUGAUUUCAAUACGACAACUGAGUGAUGGACAUUAAGCCUAUGAGUCUGUGAAUUAUUCUGUUGAUCAGACAGGUGAAUCCUUAUUGGGAAAUGAACGACCAGUCACUUAUCUUGUCAUCUUUGAAGCAGUCAGAUGACCGACUCUUUCGACCAAUUUGACUAAAAUACUGAAUGGAGAAAAAACGGACACCCUUCUGAACUAUGACUGUAGAUCUAGUUGAUCUAACAAAUUAUUACUUUUAAUGUUGUCUUUUUCCCCUUCACAUUUCAGUGUCUACUAGGUGUACACCCAUUGAUUUUUCACAGACAGAUAAGAUAAGAUAUAAUUUUAUUAGUCUCCACAAAGAAAUUUGCUGCGGAAUGGUAAAUACAUACAACAGGCACACACACAAGCACAUGCACACACACACACACACACACACACACACACACACACAC